UCCUUCUUCAGUCUUGAACUUACUUUUGAAGCUUCAAAAUGCUCAUCAGAGGAAUAUUUUUAAUUGCUACAAUAUUCACUUUUACAUCUCUCACAAAGGCAAUUGACAUUAAUUGCCAAUACAAAGGUUACGAUUGGAACAAUUGGGGACCAAAACAAACUUGCUUUGCAUCUCUAAUGACGGAUUUGUACAUUUUCAAUGCAAAGUUAAAGCACAUAAGUCGCUACGAAUUUCAAAGUUAUAGAGGCUUGAGAACAAUAUCCUUAUCGAGAAAUGAUUUGAGUUACAUACCACAUGACACAUUUGAUGACAUGAUCAAUCUGGAGUAUUUUUCGCUUUCAAUUAAUAAGUUACGAAUUAUUCCAAAUUUAAAGAGGCUAGCCAAACUGAAGGAACUGUACUUAUUUGAGAAUAAAAUUGAAAAAUUGUCAUUUGAAGACUUGUCUGGAAACUUGAAUUUAGAAGUUUUGUGGAUUUACAGCAAUAAUUUGAACAAAAUUGAUUCAAAAAUCUUCAAUUUCCUUAUCAACUUGAAAGAUGCUCGUUUUGAGAACAACAAUUGCAUCAGUAUGAAUCAUCCUCCGACAUCAGUUGAGAUAAUAAAACAAGAAAUUAAUUCAAAAUGUUAAGGUUGAGUUAAU